UUUUUUUUUUUUUUUAAUUUACACGUACAAUCUAUGAUUUUACAUGUAUGAUGUAUAGCAAUCUAGUUGUACACUAAUGAGCUAUUCUAUUCUGACAGAUGAUUUUUUGUUUAAUAUUCCAAAGUACAAUAUCCAGCGAUAGUCCCUUUGAUUUUGUGUGUUAAAACUAAUGUUUUAAACUAAUCUCUUUUUGUUGAGAUAUUGGUUAUUAAGGUUUUCUUUUUUAAUUUUUUUUUUUUUUUUAAAUAAAAAAAAAAAUAGCUUUUUUCCCAGCUGUUUACAUUAACUCAAAUGGUUUUACUCUUUUUAAUCUUCUAACUAAGUCACUAUUGUCUAGGAGCUGGAGGGCCUCAACGUUGAUGUGCUUCUGAAGUCGUUCUUGGUGACUCUUCGCAUACCGCUUGAUGGCGCUGUCGACGGUUUCCACAUCCAAAUCCCUAUGCAGGUCGUCAUUGCGAAUGUACCACGGAGCAUCAACAAUGCUCCGAAGUACUUUGUUCUGGAAUCUCUGUAUGAUGUCUCGAUUACUCUGACUGGCACAACCCCAUAGUUGAAUUCCAUAAGUCCACACUGGUUUCAGGACUUGUUGAUAGAGCAGUAGCUUGUUGUACACUGAUAAGGCAGAACGUCUGCCCAGGAGCCAGUAUAGCUUUCUAUACUUCAGCUGAAGUUCUUCUUGUUUUUUCUUGACAUGUGCCUUCCACCUGAGUUUAGCAUCGAGAGUCAUGCCAAGAUAUUUCGCUGUAUCCACAUACGGGACUCUUUGCUCAUUGAUGUAGACUGGUUUGUGAUCGAUUCGUUUGUUGGUGAAAUCGAUAUGCAAUGAUUUAGAUUCGUUUAACUUGAUGCGCCAUUUAACUGUCCAGCGAUGUAUUUCAGUAAUGGCAGAUUGUAGCUUCUCUGUUGAUUCUGUGGUGUUUUCUCCAAUGGCCAUAAUUGCAGUGUCAUCCGCAAAUGUGGCCACAGUACUUUCAUUGGGAGUAGGUAAGUCACUAGUGUAAAGGAGAUAUAGGAUUGGUCCUAAUACACUUCCUUGUGGCACACCUGCUUGUAUAUUUCUCAGGUCAGAGUACGCAUCUUCUUGUCUGAUUCUGAAGUAUCUAGAUGAGAUGUAUGAUUCCAAAAUUUUCGAAUAUUGGGAGGGUAAAUACAAUUGGAGUUUGUGAUUUAACCCUCCAUGCCAAACUGAUGAUGAAAAGUGGAUAAAUGGAACUCUUCAACACAAUCAUUCACAACUCACCCACAUUAAUCCAUCCAAGAACCUCUCAAUGGCAUUGUUGGGAUGAGAUUCUCGCAAUGAGAACGCAGUCACACUUCAAAAUAAAUAUACUUUGAAUUUAGGUGAUCUUGUCGAUCACAUGGUAAAGUGACGAGAUCGCAGCUCAUCGCUCACGUCCUUCUCUUAAAUGUUCUCAAAUAUAGAACACCAACAAUACUGCUGUUCUAUAAUGUACCCUCUCUCUCUCGCUCUCUUCUCAUUUUAGUGCUUAAUAAAAUAUUCACAUACAUUCUAUGCUUCUGCCCAAUUGCUCACAAACAUCGCAUAGAGUGGUGUCGGUUUGCGAGAUUGCUGCUGGUGCUUGGUGUGGAGUUGGUGAGUCUCAGUGAAUCUCAGAUUAUUCAGUCCACUUUCAUGCGUCAGCGAGAAAACGUCUCUUGAGCAUUUUUCUCCUGCCUUUGAAGUGAACGAGUUGAGCAUAGUGCUCGAGAGUUGGGUCAUUCAUGCCAUAUAGUUGAGUGUUUUUUUUUGUGUGAGAAAUAAGAUACUUCCGAGGGUGAAGAGAGAGCGGAAAAUUCUGGUGAAUACUUAACGAGUAAAUAAGAUUCAUGCCAGCACAGUGUGUUGCCUUUCCUUUGGAGAGAAUCACUCUUAAUCCAUAUGCGCAGACCCUGUGUGUGAAUAAAUGAGAUAGGCAAAGGAAAAAAUUAUUAAUUGAAUCUCUGCAACAGAGUAACAGAAAAAAGGCCAGAUCAGUGGUUUUUGGUGUGAAAAAGUGCGAUAACAUCCCCUCAUUUAUAGGAGUUCAAUACAAUCUUCAGAGCAAGUGUAUGGGAAUACUGUGAUGUGUCAUACUUUUUAUUAUGCAUUAUUUUGUGCAAAUAUAGCUGAAUAUAUAGAGACAAGGUAGAAGAGUGUGUCAACAGAGAAUAAUAGCGAGGUGAGGAGGAAAAUAAUAUAGAGAAGACGAACAUCUAAAACUCCAGACUUAUCAUCUCGCGCACAUCGCUGCUACAUAAUUACACCACAUCGCUAUAUACUUUGUAUACCUGGCUGAACGUCUCUCACAGAACACAAUUCUUUUUCAAACAGAGACCCCUUCUGUGUGAGAAAAAAAUUACGGCUCAUGUUCACACUCGCAGCACCUCAAUAGGAAAAUAAGGAUUUCUCACAAGCAAACCAACUCUUCUCAUCGCAUCGCAUCUCCAAGACAUCGAGGAAGCUCGAAAUGGGAAGAACUGGCUACACAUGUAUUCGCCGGACUUUCUGUUGGUUAAAUCUAAUUGUUUGGUUGUGCGGAAGUGUCUUCCUCGCGGCUGGAAUUUGGCUCAAACUCUGCUACCAGGGCUAUGCUACACUCCUACCGGAACAUGCAGCUCUCAGUGCUGACUGCCUCUUUAUCACAGUUGGUGUUCUCAGUGUUGUUGUAUCCUUCUUUGGAUGCUGCGGAGCAUGGUUCCAGUCACGAUGUCUCCUCAUUUCGUAUUUUUCUCUGGUGGUAAUUCUCUUCUUGAGCGAAUUCCUGGUGGGAUCAUUGGCGUUCGUCUUCCGCGGAGGACUCACGAAGACAGUUGUGAAUGAAUUAAAGACUGGCAUUGAAAAGCACUACAAUGCAUCCGAUCGUGGUGGAUUCGCGGCACCAUCUGUGGCUGCCAUCUGGGAUAAUCUUCAGUCAGAUCUACACUGCUGUGGUGUAACAUCAUAUGAGGAUUGGUAUGCAAUUAGUUCCUGGCCGGAAGAAAGAUGGGUUCCGCAAUCAUGCUGUCGCUCUCGCUACAACGAGACUGAAUGGUACGAGGGUUCUGGUGUCGACAAUAGAUACACAAACUGUGCCAGAUCAAAAGAUCCAUCACUGUGGUGGGACAAAGGUUGUGCUCAAACACUCCAAAUGUGGUUCACUCAGCGGUUACACGUUGUAGGCACUGUAGGUCUAGUCAUAGCAUUCCUACAGCUAUUUGGACUGAUAUCAUCAAUGCUGCUCUUCUGUACGGUAAAACACAAACAAUCAUCACAAACCUACAAAUCCUAUUCACCCACAAUUGAGCCCCAGAGUGGACAACAGAAUAACAUUCAGCGACAUCGAUCAAAUUCCUAUCUAGAUGAAUGAGGCAAAAUGAUCUUUUUGGACGAAAAAGACAAUCAAUUGAGCGAUAUUUAUUUAUAAAUUUAAAAGAAAAUCUGUGCCUUGUGGCUCUAUCGUACGAAAGGAAAAACCCUUUCUUUAGCAUUUUGCUGACAUUUCUAAAAAUAAUAAUUCACCUUUUUGACGACUUUGUCACUGAAAUGCAAAAAGAAAAGGUUUCUUUUCCCUUUCAUUUGUAUGAUGACUCAAUUAAGAUAAAAUAUCUAAUUUUUAUGUAAGUAUAUAAUUUAAAUGGCCAAAAAUAUCAUAAAAAAUUUUGCGACUUUUUUUUCUUUUUAGUUUUUAGAGAUAAAUCAGUGCCAAAAAUUGCAAUGUUUCGUAAACAUUCCAAAAGAUUUAUAUUUUAUCACAAAAAAAAUCAAAAAUUUGAUAGAGAAUUAUUAUUAUCAAAAUAGAAAUGAGUACCUAUAUACCUUACAUACCUACACCGUAGAAUUAUUACAUUUUAGCUUUAUAUAAAAUGCAUAAAAAACAUAGCAUUAGCUUACGCAUAAAAAUCUGAUUAAUUAUAAAUUCUCGAGUUUAGCUACGAUGAGCAAAAGAAAAUGAUUUCAAAAUGGAUCUAAAUUAGCAAAAUUAAUUUUGUAAGCAGUGCUAAUUUGAAAGUCCUUGUAGAAACCAAAUUAUAGAGCCAUCGAAAGUUAUUUAAAAUAACGAGUGAGAAGUGAUCUGCAUUUAUUGCUAAAUCCACUUUAAAAAUAUAUAGAAAAGAUUGAUUAUUUGUUUAUAAAAAAAAAUAAAAUAAAAUCUAAAAAUCUUGAAAAUUUACUCAAAUUUUUAAAAUUCUUUUAAUUCAUAAUCAUGAAGUGAUUAAACUUUAAAAAAUUUAAAACCAAGACGUAACUAUAAAAUUAUAUUGACAUUUCUUUUCUUACGUUAGACAUUUACUUUCAAAUUAAUUUGAUUUUUCUAACAUUUGACAUUUUUUGACGCUUUACGAUUUUUUCCUAACAUUUGACUUUACUUUUCCUAUGUCUAACUACUUCAAUUUGACGUCUAUUCUAACUUUUGACAUUUUCUAUGACUUAAAGCAUAUUUUUUUUUUUUAUUUUAAAGCUUUACGGCCCCAGCCUUUUCAAGCCACAAGGCCAAAAAGCAUAUUUUUAAACAUUUUGUCAAGUCUAUCAGGUUAUUUAUAGCCUAGAAAUAUUUAAUUUCGAUCCUAAAGAAAAUCUGAACUGUUAGUUACUUUUGUUUGUUUAAUAGAUACCUAAAUACCCUAAUUUCUCAACAAAAAAAAUCAUUUAAGUUCUUCAUGAAUUAAUAGUUCUUAAAAAUCUUUAAAAAAAAAACCUUUAUCAAUUAAAAGUUUCUCUGUCAAAAUUCAACCCUAAAAUUUUAACAAUUCAAAAACAAUUUUUUACUGCUUAAAACAAAUUGUUCAUUGAUCCAAAAAAUUAACUUUUUAUUACAACAAAGCAAAAUAAAUGCAGAUCUAGUGUAAGAAAAUGUUGAACAUUUUGAUGCCAAUAAACAUUAUGCAAAUUCUCAGCUCAACCAAAUGUUUAAGCAUGAUUUGAUAGCGAUUAUUUUAAUUAAAAUCAUUAUAAGUAAAUAAAAAUUGGAAAUGAGAUUAAAAUAA